UCCUGGUUUCCUGGUAUGGCGCGUGUUUGUGUUUCAUGAGUUUGAGAUCAGACUAAACGUGUGAAGGAGAUGUUUGCAGAAAGUCCUGGUCUUCUUUCUCAGCUUAAACCUGUAUAUAAAAGCUAGGUAUUUAAGUUAACUAAGCUAGCACCGGUGUGAGUAAGGUCAGAAUGAGUUCCUUCCCUGGACGGAUGAAGGAAUAUCCAUCCAUCUCUGUUGAUAGAUUUGACAGAGAAAAUCUACACGCCAGAGCUUAUUUUCUGUCUCACUGUCACAAAGAUCAUAUGAAAGGACUGAAAGGACCUUUACUGAAGAGAAAAUUAAAGUUUAGCUUAACUGUGAAGUUGUACUGCUCAUUUGUCACAAAGGAGCUCCUACUCAACAACCCAAAAUAUGAAUUCUGGGAAAACCGCAUCGUGGCUCUUGAAUUGGACAGUCCGACACACAUAUCACUGACUGAUGAAGUUACAGGAGAGGUGGAAGACGUUGUUGUGACGUUGUUGCCGGCUGGACAUUGCCCUGGAUCUGUCAUGUUUCUCUUUGAGGGGGCUCAGGGCACUGUGCUGUACACCGGAGAUUUCCGCCUGGCUGCUGGAGAUGCUGCGAGGAUGGAGCACCUGCACUCUGGAAACAGAGUUAAAGACAUUCAGAGUGUGUACUUGGACAGCACGUUCUACGACCCCAGGUUCUAUCAGAUCCCGAGCAGAGAGGCUUGUCUGACUGGUAUCAGGAAGCUGGUUCAAGACUGGAUUUAUCGGAGUCCGUACCACGUCAUCUGGCUGAACUGCAAAGCAGCAUAUGGUUAUGAAUACCUCUUCACCAACCUGGGGCAGGAAUUUAAUUCACAGGUCCAUGUGAACAGCUUGAAAAUGUUCAGGCAAAUGCCAGAAAUCCUGGACCACGUGACCACAAACAGAACAACACAAAUCCACGCCUGCAGGCACCCCAAGGACGACGAGUUGUUCAGGACGAACAGACUGCCGUGUGGCUCUUUAGCACCAGAUGGUACACCACUGCGCAUAAUCAGCAUCAAACCUUCCACUAUGUGGUUUGGAGAACGGACCAGGAAGACCAACGUCAUCGUCAAGAUGGGUGAAAGCUCCUACAGGGCUUGUUUCUCUUUUCAUUCCUCAUACUCUGAGAUCAAGGAUUUCCUCUCCUACAUCAACCCUGUUCAUAUUUACCCUAACGUCGUUCCUCUGGGCCGCACCGUAGAGGACGUCUGUGAGCUGCUGAAUCUUAUGUGUAGAAAACACUCAGAAGGAGCUGAGGUUGUCUAUAAGCCUCUUGGGAAGCUGAAAAGAGGCAGAAUAAAGUCCACUUCACAAGGCUCGGACACUGAUGACGAGCUCUUUGGGGACGUUGCUGUAACACCAAUGAGAAAGAAGCUUGCUGUGAAUCUGGAGAAAGAGCGCCACAGUCCGGAAAAAUCCGAACUCGGGGACACGGAGACGCAAACUCUCCCACAGCUGCAGCCUUCGCUUCAGACAUCCAACUACAUGGACUGCACAGAGUCCAAUGAUGACGAUGAUGAUGAUGAUGGUGGUGAUGAUGAAGGUGAUGCAGAGAAGGAGGAGCUUCCUGGAGAUGCUCCUUCUUGUGUGGUUAUGUCCCCGCCCCCUCCAAAGCCGGCUCCGCCCAGCUGGAGUUCGUUCUUCACGGCAGAGCCGGUGGGGACCGAUGACAGCUGUGAGCUGGAGAACAGUCAGAACAGCCAGACUCUGUCUACUGACCACACAACGUCACAGUCCCCAGAGCUCUUCAACGAUGACGACGAAUCCGAAUCAGUUCACGUGACUUCCUCUCAGUCAACGUACGUAUCAGAGGCGGCUUUAGAGAGCCUCAGUCAACUCGACACUGAGCCUGUACAGAGGAACAUCGUGCACAUUGGGAAUGACGGACAGCCUGAUUUGAUUGACAGUCAUCAGGACCAGUGUGAUGUCACAGAUCACACAGAACCAGCUUCAGAUUCUCAGGUGUCCUCUGAUUUUGAUCUCCCGCUGACUCCGGGCUCAAAGGCGCCGCAGCCUGAGGAGCUGAAGGAGCUGUACAAGAAGCUGGCUGCUGGAGAGGAUGUGACCAGCAAAAAUCAUCAGCAGGGUUCGGACUGAUUGUGGCCAAACCACACAGAAUAAAACGCGCCUUAAAAGUAAUCGGAAAAAGAGAGAGUAAUAAUGAGUUUCUGAUCAUAAGCUGACCAUUCCAUAAUAAAUCUGUGGAUAAAUUGAAAUACUACAGUUUAUAAUUAAUAAAUAGUAAGAUACAAACUAGCGUGAAACACAGGUGGGGAAGAUGUUGCUCAGGAAGAAUGUAUGCAAUUGCCUUAAAUAUUUACAUUCAGUCUUAAUUGACUUAUUUUUUACAUUGCAGCAUCGUUGAAUUCUCAAUUCCGAUUGGUCAGCUGUUGAUCAGAACUAAUAGACAGUAUGUUUUAAUACCUUGUCGUUUCUAGAGUGACAUUUUCCACAGGGAGUUGUACAGCAGCCACUGCGUAUAAACUGAUGGAACGAUUGUGAUACUUUAUACGAGGUAUGGAGGUUAACGUUUACGGAAGGAGGAAGUCUCCAGUUCCAGCACUUUGUAACAGCUUUCAGUUACUGGAGAAUCCUCAGGGCUUCCAGUUUCUUGAUGACAUGAUAAGCUGUGUGUUUUUGUGGUCUUAUUACAUUCAAGAGAGAGGAGGGUAUGGUGAUGGCCUCAUCACAGCUGCUAACAGGAACAGGCUCUUUUUAUUCCUAGAUGCUCCACAACAUUAAAGAUAAGUGUAAAUCCUUUGCAUUUCUGGCAACUGAGCA